GAAAGUGCGAGGUCAGCUUAGCUGGCAAUGUGCAAUCAUGAUUUCUAAUGUCACUCAGAAUCUAUUCGGUCUGCUUGUUUUCCUGGCGACGAUCGUUAUUACUAAAACCGAAGGCCGGACUCUUGACGUUUUGAAUGAUAAACUUAGCAGCAGUGAGUAUGACACUCAAGAAAGACCGAACGCAGGGGGCCCGCCUGUCAAUGUGUCUGUUGAACUUUAUAUUACCAGUAUUCAUUCUAUUUCGGAGAUAUCUAUGGACUAUGGCGCAACCAUGUAUUUAAUGAUGAGAUGGUUCGAUCCACGCAUCUCGUUUGAGUCUCCUGAUCCGAUUGAUUUAAGGUCUGGAUCGAAAUUGCAGAAACUAAUCUGGACCCCAGAUCUAUAUUUUGUCAACGUCAAACAAGCGGAACUACACCAGGUUACAGAAACAAACAAGCAAAUAAGGAUAUUCCCAGAUGGUCACGUGACAUCUGAUAUCAGGGUGACGCUGGUACUUAUAUGUCAUAUGCAUUUACAUCGUUUCCCCAUGGAUAAACAGCUGUGUCACAUUGAGAUGGAAAGUUUCAGCUAUAGCAUAAAAGAUGUUCACCUUAAAUGGUUGACUGUGAAUGGUAGUGAUUCACAUGCUGUAUCGCUACCCAGUCACGAUUCGCUGCCGGGAUUCAUACUUGAGCGGCCAAACAUGACGGUAGAAACGCCACUAUAUCCGAUGG